CCUAAUUUGAUCAUUAGGCGAGGAGACGAAGAAACUAUUCCUGAUGUUUAGGUAUCGAUGGGUAUGCAUUUUACCUAGUCCUGCUAACUAUAAUCUUCAAUAAGAACGGCACUUUAUCACAUAUGUCCAUGGUAGUAUUAGCAUGAAAACUGGACAGACACGAUGUCGGCUCCUACUUUAACUGCCCCGACCUUUGAGCACCACCAUAGCGGGUUCGGCCUUGGCUACUCGCAACCUCGAAUUUCAUGGCAGUUUGUAGUAGCCCCUGAUACACCAGCAGGAUGGGACCAGAAAAGAUAUGAGAUUGAAAUCACAUGGUCAGCCGACCAAAAAGUCGAACAUGUCACAGCGUUUUCAAGGGAAUCGGUACUUGUCCCAUGGCCAGCACGACCGCUGAAAUCGAGGGAAAGUGCUGUGGUCAGAGUCCGUAGCCAUGGCAAAUGCGCAAAUGGGUCGGUGUCUCCGACGACAUGGUCUCCAGCGAGCAAAGUUGAAGCUGGAUUUCUCGACCGCGAUGACUGGAAAGCAUCAUUCAUCACCUCAUCUACCAGGAUUGGACCAAAUGGACCAUUGCAGCCGCUGCGAUUCCGGAAAGAAUUCACUUUGGAUGCUUCGCUAGGCGAGAAAUUCCAUGCGAGAUUAUACUUAACUGCGAUGGGAGUUUGCCAGCCGUAUAUCAACGGCAAACCUACGAGCGACGAGGAAAUGGCUCCCGGUUGGACUAGUUAUAAGCAUAGGCUAAACUAUCGAGUUCACGACGUGACUUCCUUGCUGAACCCCAAAGAAAAGAACGUCAUUUCUAUCGAGGUCGCAGAAGGCUGGUACGCUGGUACUCUCGGGUUUCGAGGAGGCACUAGGUUUCUAUACGGGGAUCGACUAGCUGCGCUGGCUCAACUCGAAGUCUAUGGCGAUGACAAGUCGACCCCCUCACUCGUAGUAUCUGAUGAAAGUUGGCGGUGCGCCCGUAGUCCUAUCCAAUCCAGCGAGAUAUACGAUGGGGAGGUCUAUGAUGCUCAGCUAGAAGAUCGAACGUGGAGUAUCUCUACUACUUCGUCGACUGCAAAGGACUGGACGCCCGUAACCAUAGUUCCGUGGCCUUCGGCAAACUUGGUUGCUCCAGAUGCACCCCCUGUUCGCAUUACUCAAACGAUAGAGGCAGUUGACUUAUUCAAGACCAAGAGUGGGAACACCGUCAUCGACUUCGGCCAGAAUCUUGUAGGCAGGAUUCAAGUGCAUAAGAUUGACGUUCCGAAGGGUACCAGGUUGACUUUCAAGCAUGCCGAAGUCAUGGAGCAUGGUGAACUAGGAAUACGGCCGCUGAGAUUAGCAAAAGCAACGGAUACGGUCAUAUCAGCCGGCGAUGUGAUUGAGAACUGGGCCCCGAAAUUUACAUUCCACGGUUUCCGUUAUUUGCAGAUAGACGGCUGGCCGGAAGACAGUCCUUUGCUUUCUAAGGAUAACUUUGCUGCCCAGGUCAUGCACACAGAUCUCAAGAGAAGAGGUGACUUCUCUUGUUCCAAUGCUUUGGUCAACCAACUGUACCAGAAUGUUAUCUGGAGCAUGCGUGGUAACUUUCUCUCGAUCCCUACAGAUUGCCCGCAAAGGAACGAGAGGCUUGGUUGGACAGGAGAUAUUCAAGUUUUUUGCCCAACAGCUAGUUUCCUGUUUGAUACGGUCGGAAUGCUAAAAGACUGGCUCCAGGAUCUUGCGGCAGAGCAGCUACAAGAGGGACGAGGCGGUAUUCCGCCGUUUAUAUGCCCCGAGAUCCCAAUGUCAGGUUGGCCACACAUGCCCGAAGCUAUUUGGGACGAUAUUGUUGUCUUAACCCCACACGUUCUCUAUCAGUUCUCUAAAGAUGAACAAAUCCUUUCUCGUCAAUUUUCGAGUAUGCAGCAAUGGCUCGAGAAUGGGGUCAAAAGAGGGCAUGAUGGUCUUUGGGAUGAAGAUCAUUGGCAGCUCGGUGACUGGCUAGAUCCUAAAGCACCCCCUAAUGAUCCGUCAAACGGCCCAACAGACACAAUUCUCGUCGCAGAUGCGUAUCUCGUCCAUACCACUGAAGUUUUCACCGAGAUCUGUAAAGUCUUGGGGAAGGCUGACCUAACCGAGAAAUACGGUUUGCAGACGGAAUAUCUAAGGCGCAAAUUCCAACACAAAUACAUUACACCGGCUGGUAAGCUUGUGUCAAACACGCAGACAGCCAUUUCACUAGCCAUAGAAUUUUCGCUGUACUCAGGUUAUCAAGAACUUAGCCUGGCAGCGCAUGAUCUCACGAAGCUGGUCCAAAAAGCCAGGUUCAAUAUUGCUACAGGCUUUGCUGGGACACCAAUUAUCGCUCAUGCUCUCACCAGAGUGCAUCGAUCACAGCUCGCUUAUCGGAUGCUGCUUGAGAAGACCAAUCCAUCUUGGCUAUACCCGGUGACCAUGGGUGCCACUACCAUCUGGGAAAGAUGGGAUGCUAUGCUCCCUGACGGUUCCAUUAAUCCAGGCACAAUGACUAGCUUCAACCAUUAUGCAUUAGGAUCUAUAGCAGACUGGUUGCACGCUACAGUUGGCGGCAUCAGUCCAGAUGAGCCGGGCUGGAAACGGAUUCUUGUUCGUCCUAUCCCUGGCGGCAACAUCACUGAUGCAAACGUGUCGUUCAAUGGGCCGUACGGUCUGAUAAGCUGUAGGUGGAAAGUGGUUAACGGGAAAUUUUCUAUGACUUUGACUAUUCCUCCAAAUUCCAGUGCGAGGGUAUUUUUGCCGUUAGACGACAGGAACGAUGUCUGCAUUGACGAAACCGAAGGUCAAAUCCUAGGAUCUGGCACUCAUAAUCUAGAAUGCAAUUUUGAGGCGGCAGAGUGGCCACCUAAGAGGCUUAUUGCUCCCCAUAUACAACCACCCGAGGAAGACAUUGCGUAAAAUAAGUCAAAGAUAUGGAUUUCUGGGUGAUGGAGAUAAAUAUAUCCUAACGAAAUUAUAAGCAUGAGGGAUAUGAGUUAUAGAGUUUCAAGCGAUAAUAAGAACGAAAGAAUGUUUGUGUUACUCAAGUUAAAAUGACUAAGCUUCCGGAAUGGCUUACCUAAGAC